UUUUCCAAGAAAGAAACAAAAGAAUCGAGGAAAAGAAAAAAGAAGCAACCCCAAAUUCUCCUCUUAACACCAAUCACAGCCCAAUUGGUGUUGAAAAGAAAAGCAAAGCAGAUUAGCGUCUGCUCUCUGUCUCUCAGUUUUUUCCAUACUCCAAAGGUAUGAGUUUUCAUCCCUUGUUUUGAUCCUUCUCUGGUUCUUGCUCUGUUUCCGAUAUGGGGCUUGAUCAUAGAAGACGGCAAUUAUAUCCGGACUUCUAUGGCCCGGGAUCACGAAGAUUAGGUCCUCCUCCAACACAAAAACCAGAAAAAUCAUGUCCUCCUUUUCCAACACAAAAACCAGAGCAUCCGCAUGACAAUCAUUACAAUCAAAUGCAUUUGGUUAAGACCGGUAUUUUAAUCACUGCAUGCGUAGUUGGCGGAGCUCUUUUCGUUGCAGUUGCGUUAGCAAUUAUCAACAAGUACUACUCGAGGAGGAAUAGUUCAAGGAGAAGAAAUUCAGCAAUACUUUUUGAUACCCACCAAGAAGAGUUUCUUGAUGAAGAUCAUGGACCUGUGAUCGACCACCCCAUAUGGUUAAUCCACACCGUUGGUCUCCAGCAAUCUGUUAUUGAAUCCAUCACAGUUUGCAAGUAUAAAAAAGAUGAGGGGCUGAUAGAUGGAGCCGAGUGCUCUGUUUGCUUGAGUGAUUUUGAAGAAGAUGAAAGUCUCAGACUCUUGCCAAAGUGCAGCCACGCCUUUCACCUUCCUUGUAUAGAUACAUGGUUGAGAUCACACAAGAAUUGUCCCCUUUGUCGUGCUCCUAUAGUUAGCAACGCUGCCGGUUCUCUGGUAACUGCAACUGAACCUAAUAUGAAUGUUUCAGGUCCAAGCCAAGAUCAAACCCAAGUAGAGAAUCUUGAGAAUUAUAGUGGGGUAGAAAACAACAGAGACAGAGAAGGAGAGACCAGUGAAGUUGGGGUUGGAGAUGGAAAGUUUAGAGCUUUGGCAAUUGAGGAUGGCAGAUGUACUGCUAAUUGUCAUUCUCGAGCACAAAGUAACUUGGCUGACAAUCAACGAGUCAUGGAAGAAGAAAUACAACCAAUGAGAAGGUCAGUUUCAUUAGACUCAACUUCUGCACUGAAGAUUUAUCAUGCUGUGGCAAAUAUUGUUACAGAUCAAGGAAGUUCAAAAACCCAAUCAGUAGUACACCAAAAAAGUUCGGGCAAGAAGAUUGUUGUUGAUAAGCCGGGGAUCAGUGGAACCACGAGCUUAAGCAAACUGGUGAAAUGUUCUUCAGCUGGGCGUUCCCUGCAGAAGGAACCGAUUUCGAUGAAAAGGUCUUUUUCUUCUAGCAGAAGGUUCUUGUCAUCCAGACAUUUCAAAAGUGUGAGCUCAAUCCUUCCCACCUUGUGAAUUGCUGCUUGGACAGGAAGAAGCUGCCUCUGGUAUGAAGCUUUCCUCGACAGACCAGUACUUUUGGUGUCAAAAUUCAAGCUUUUGAAAAUAAUUAAGAAUAUAGGACCCAAAUUUAGUGGUUUGUAAUAAAUAAUUAGAUUCUGGGAUCUGAAAGAGAAUACUUUUGGCUAUUGUUAUUACUGUUAAAAUCUUGGAUGGGUGAUGAUUUUUAUUAACUCGUUCUAUCUUA